UAAAAGCGGGCAGCGCAUAAAGCGAACGUUUCAGUUGAAAUUUCAAAGUGUGCACGGCCAGCGGAAAAGUGCAUCCAGCCAAAAAUCUCAGAAGUGCCAGCAAUUAGUCUAGUUACUCCCAGCAUUCAAUUCGUCCCUCAACAGCACCAAAGAAACAUGCUGCUGCGGCGCUUGGAGAGCCAAAAGCAGCGACGCCAACGCCGCCUGCUGCUGGAGAGGAGCAGCGGGGGCAACAGGAGCAGCAGGUGUCGGGCUAACUAUUUGCCCGGCCUGCUGAUUGUGCUGCUCGUGCUGCUGCAGAACUUUGAGCUGCACAUGUGCCGGCAAUUGAUGGGCGCCGCUGUCCACAGGCGCAAGGACAUGGAUAUCGAUGAGCAGCUGCUGCCCACCUCCAUGGAGAAGCGAGCUAUCGCUGCGACGACCGUUAGCCAGCCGGAAGAGAUUUUCAGUGCGCCCAACGAUGCGGCUGACAUGAGCUAUGAUGAGUACCCGAUGGUUGUGCCCAAGCGGGCUGCCUUAUUGCUGGAUCGGCUGAUGGUUGCGCUGCAUCAUGCGCUGGAGAACGAGCGGGACGGUCAUCGCAUUGGUGAUUUCUAUGCCAACAAGAAUAUGAUGCAACUGAAGCCCAACGAGUACAAGAAUGCGCUGGAACCGCUGCAGGCGACGGAGGAAGGUGCCCAAAUGCCGAUGAGCAGCCAUAGCUUUCACAUGUAUAGCGAUGAUGAUCCUGGCGUGAUGCUGGAUUAUGAUUUCAAAGAUAUAAAUCAAAUAAAUCGCGCGACUGGCGAAACAUUAAUGGCAAAGAGCUUUCAGAGAAGAGCCGGCGGCAUUGGCCCUGCAGCAUCAUUAGCAACAGCAGCAGCUGGCAACGCAGCGGCACAUGCAACAAACGGCGGCAAAGCGUCAGCGGCUGCAGCAGCUGGAGCUGGCCCGGGUCCCGGCGCCAGGCGCAUCCAUCAUCACGUUGCCAACGGAGGUGGCCGCAUGUAUUGGCGCUGCUAUUUCAAUGCCGUCAGCUGUUUUUAAACCAGCCAACAACAACAACAACCAUCUACCCAAUUCAAUACAAUUAGCAACGGGCUCGGCUCGACACCAACAACAAUUGCAUUUCGAUUGGGUCAUUUUUGGCUGGCCAUGAAAGUUGUUCGCGUGAUUAACUGAAAUCAUCUGUAAACAUGAAUUGUAAACUCAAAUUUUUGUAAUUAUUAUUAUUAUAUAUAUACAUAAUUUAUCUGAAUCGUAUACAACCUAUCGCUGCAAGUGUGCGUAAUAAAUAAACUAGAAGUCAACCUGA